AUGGAUGAAUUCUAUGAAUCUACAAGCAUGUAUAAUUUAUUAAUUUUAUUCGUUACUUCUUUUUUUAAAAGAUGUGGUCCUGGCACUUGGUUAUUAGAAUUAUCAAAUACAUAUACAAGUUCUCAAUUUAUCGGACUUGAUAUGAAGCCAAUAUAUCCACAGGAGACCAAGUAA